AUGAAUCAAUUGAAAAAUGAAUUCGAAAAAGUUGAUACAGAAAAGAACAUUUCUACACUCACUUAUGAAGAAAUUGUUGAUCUUAUGAAAAAAUUCGGAUAUGAAACUGAUUCAGUUCAUUUUCAAAAUCUUCUUUAUGAAGCAGAUAUUAAUCUAAAUGGUUUAUACAAUCUCGAAAAUUUUCUCGAGUUUUUACAAUGCUUAUUGUCAUCUAAUUCAAAUGAACAAGAUGGGGACUUACCAAUAUGGAGAUAG